AUGCCUUCCAGAGCUACAGGGACCGACAAGAAAGCCCAGGUAGAGCAUGUCGACCACCCCAUCCCAACCGCAUCGCCGAAUGCAGAUGUCGAAGGCGGCAAGACACUUCCCGCUGCCUUCGGCGCCAUCGACGAGGAGACGGCCAAGUAUCUCAAUCCCGACAUUGUGAUCGACGAAGAGACCAAUCAGCGGAUCAAGUCAAUGCUCAACCGCCGGAUUCUGCCGUUCCUCAUUAUCACUUACUUCUUCCAGACCUUCGAUAAAGGAACCCUUGCCUUCUCCUCCAUCAUGGGGAUCCAAAGAGAUGUCGGACUGGUAGGCCAGCAGUACGCUCUGCUCGGCACGAUUCUUUACGUUGGGAUCCUGGUCGGCGAAAUCCCUGCUAAUCGCAUCAUCCAGCUCUUCCCCAUCGCCAAAUUCCUCGGCGUACUCAUCAUCCUCUGGGGUAUUCUGGUCAUGUGCCAUGCGGCAUGUAAGACUUGGUCAGGGCUUAUGGCUGUCAGAUUCCUGCUCGGGCUCUUUGAGAGCGCGGUUCAGCCCUGCUUGAUGACCCUUACCGUCAUGUAUUAUCGGCGAGAGGAACACCCAACAAUCAUUAGUUACUGGUACUGCCAGCAGGGCGUCCAGCUUGGGGUGGCCGGAUUGCUUGCCUACGGCUUGACCUAUAUUGAGAACGCCGCAAUCUACUCUUGGCAAGCGUUAUUCCUGAUCGUCGGAGGUCUCACUGUCAUCUGGGGCUGCUUGAUUCUGGUCUUCUUGCCGGACUCACCUAUGCGCGCCAAGUGCUUUGACGAGGAGACGAAGACUCUGAUCCUGGAGCGAUUGCGCGUGAAUGAGCUGGGUGUGCAGGAUAAACGCUUCAAGUGGGAGCAGCUACGAGAGGCCUUCAAAGACCCAGUCGUCUGGCUAUACCUCCUCAUGCAGUUCACCUGCUUCCUCAUUGUUGGUUCCCUCGCUGUAUUCUCCAACAUCAUCGUCAACGGUCUGGGCUUCUCGGUACGCCAGACACAGCUCUUGAACCUCGCUCAAGGAGGUUGGAGUGUCUUGAUUUACAUCAGCUCUGCUUGGUUGGCUCGAUGGACGAAACAAACAAUUCUGGUCUUGAUCUGCUUUAUGAUUGUCGCGCUCGUCGGCACUAUCGUCCUCAACGCUGUCGCCGUUACGCCAGCUACUGCCGCUGGGCUGCUUAUAGCUUUCUAUCUCGCCAACUGCUGUAUCGUGUCUGGGAACCUCCUCUGGUCGCUGGUGACCCGCAACAUAGCUGGACAGUCCAAGAAGGUCACUACGUACACCUCGAUGUUCAUCAUGUUUGCAGCUGGCAAUAUGGUCGGACCACAGAUCUUCCAGUCCUUUGAUGGGCCGAGGUAUCAUACGGCGUUCAGCGUGCACAUCGCGCUCUACGGCCAGUCCUGCGCAGAAGGGCUUGCGCUCUUCAUCGUCACUGCGAUACUACUGCGCUUCGUCCUCAUGCGCCGCAAUUCAGUCCGGCGCAAGGCGCAAGCAGAGGUCGAGGGGAACAUGACGCAGCUCUCUGCACGGGAUCCCCAAACUGCCGAGAUUGUCCAGCACGACGCUGCGUUCGCAGAUCUGACCGAUCUCGCGAACACCCGAUCGUUCCGAUACAUGUACUGA